AUGGAGUUUGCAAUUCAUACAAUCAAAGAUGUAUCUCUGAAUAGCUGUGCUGAUGCAUGCACACAAGAAAUUAAAGGGCACAAAUGUGCUUCAUUUGAGUAUGACUCUCUUACCAGAGAAUGCUCCUUACAUGAAGAAAACGGUCAACCUAUCGGUCCAUCUGUUCUAGCUAAAGCUACUGAACCGACGUUAUCAUUUUUUCAGCAAAUAUGCAUUGAUGAAGAAUAUAUAUGUCCUUCACCUUAUACUUUUGAACGUCAUCCUCAAAGUAUGCUAGUCGGUUUAGCCAUGACAGUAGUGAGCACAGACAGCUUGUCACAGUGUUUAUCACAUUGUUUGAAAGAACAAACGUUAUUGCGAUCUUCCUGUUCAUCUGUUAUGUACUUUUAUGAAACAGGAGAAUGUAUCAUGAAUAGAGCUACGAAAGAAAACUAUCCGCAUCUUUUCAAAACUGAGAUUCAAGACACUUUAGUUGACUAUUUCGAGAAUAUAUGCAUGGAUGUUUCUUGUUCAUCAGUUCACUGGCUGCGGUCAGAGGACUAUCAGCUUUCAGCAGAGAAAGAUGUUAUCAUAGAGAGUAUGAGUUCAGACGAAUGCAAAGCUCUCUGCUCAGCUAAUGUGAUAGGAGAAGACAAAUUUCCCUGUCAUUCUUUUGUCUACACAUCGUCUAAAGAGGAAUGUCAUCUCUCUGCGGAUUUGAACUCUUUCAGUGCUAAAGCAUCUAGACCUUCGAGCAACUUCAACCUGAACCCCAUAUCGAACGGGGAGUAUUAUCAGAAGAUUUGCCUGAACAGUACAGUAAGAUGUAUUGAGACUUCUUAUGAGUUGAUCAAAAAUCAUAAGAUAAACAAUCCUCCAUAUAAGAUCUUGAAUACAGUUUCCGUACAUCAUUGCCUAUCGUUGUGUAUAGACGAGGGAGCUAAUUGUGCUUCAAUUACGUAUGAUUAUAACACCGACAGCUGCCAUUUCUCAGAAUUUUCACAGUUCUCCAAGCCGGAUGCCUUCGUGUUUGACAAGAACUCAGAUUAUUUUGAUAAAAUUUGUGAUUCUAUACCAAUCCCACCAGAAGAGAAAGUCUUAUUACCGUCUCCCCCGUCAUCUACUCCUCCACCUGAUUUCACAACUGAUUUUGACCCUAAGCCUGAUCCAUCUGAGGAACUCGAUAAUACACGCAAGCCGGUUUCCAAAGGAGCUCUUACUAAGAAGUUUCGAGAAGAAGCUACUUUACAUGAAAUAGUAGAUGAAGUCAAUAUUGACGGAGCCAACGAAAAGGUUUCACAAGUGCAUGCUGAAACAGAAGAAACAGUUAUUGAUGAUGAGAGGGAUUUUAAUGAACAAAUGUCGAAUUCUACAAAAGGAAAGUUGGUAACUGAAUGUCGCAUGUCAGGUAUUUCGGUUACAGUUGAAUUCCUUCAACCAACAACUGGAACAAUUUUUAUAAAGGACCAUUUCUCAACUUGUCGCGCCGAGUUUCAGAAUUCAUCUCAUUCUGUUCUUCAUAUUCCCUAUCCCGAUAGUAAUGAGAAUGAACCACGUUGUCCCGGUAUCGAACUGGCUCCAUCUUUAUGGUCAUUCAUGGUUGUCAUACAGCGGAACGACAUGGAAUCGCCGUUGUUACUGACAUCUACCGACCGAGUCUUCAACAUCACAUGUGAUUAUACAGAAUUAGUCGAGAAAACAAAAACUAAUUUGGGACGACGAUCCGAGUAUGAUGAGAAGAAAGAGAAUGUCAGAGAGGACAUUCAUUCGGAAAAAAUCAAAAUGGAAAUUUUACGAAAUGGCAACCCAGUGACGAUAGUACCACUUGGGGAAGUGGUAGAACUACAUUGGACAGUGGUAAACCCAGAAGAAGGUUUGGGCUUCUUCAUCAACGAAUGUGUUGCUGAACGUGUUGGGGGAGCUGAACCCUCUCCAGAACCUCUCAAAAUAAUUCAUCAAGGCUGUCCGGAAGAAAAAGUGAGAAAUCGUUUGUUGGAUUCGAUUGUGGAAUCACAUCCAGAACAAUCGUAUUCUACUAGACUGAAGGUAUUUCGUUUUGAUGGUAGCCGCAGAGUUCGAAUCAAAUGUACUAUCGAUGUUUGUAUUGACCGGUGCCAGCCUGUGAGUUUUGCUCUAAUUAUGAUAUGCGAUAUGAUUGUGGCCAUUAGAGUAUACUCAAGAAAAAAAUGUUACUGUAACCCUCUUUAUCUGUAG